AUGUGGAUGUUAUCUUGGCUUUGUGCUAUUUUAAUUAUUUUGGCUAUUGCUGAUAUGGAUGCAAUAGCAAAGACCACGCCAUAUAUCAAAUUUACAAAGAAAUCUGAGGGAAAAGAGAUGCUGGAGGGUUUAAAGCCGUCCAGUGGCCUACCUCCAGGAGAAGAAGAAACACCCUUCACAGAAGUGGCAGAAAUGGCAGAACCAACCUCUGACCCCUUGGUCCAAGAUUCUACCUUUGGCACUGCCACUCUCUUCCCCUUUGAAAACUUCACUCUGGACACGGCCGAUUUCUUUUUGAAUUGCUGUGAUUGUUGUUCAUCUGCACCAGGGCAGAAAGGAGAACCCGGAGAGACUGGAAAUCCAGGUCCUAAGGGAAAGACUGGUGAUAUGGGGGUUCCAGGGUCACCAGGAAUCAUUGGACCCCAAGGUCCAAAAGGCCAGAAAGGAGAGAAGGGACUUAAGGGAGAACGUGGGGACCAGGGAUCAAGUGGAGUUCCGGGAUACCCAGGAAAACCUGGAGAGCCAGGUGGACCUGGUCCUAAAGGGGCUAAAGGAGACACCGGACUGGUGGGAGUGAAAGGACAAAAAGGCUCCAAGGGGGACACGUCUGUCAAUGCUACCAAAGGAGACAAAGGAGACCGAGGGGCUGUGGGCUCUCCAGGCUUGAAUGGAGAGCCUGGGGCCAAGGGAGAGAAGGGGGACCGGGGGGAGAAGGGCUACUGUGGGAACUCUGGGGAGAGGGGAGGAAAGGGGGAAAAAGGUGAGGUGGGGCUGAAAGGAGAAAAAGGUAGCAAAGGCGAUAUUGGAAUGGAAGGCAAAAGUGGCCCAGAGGGCCUACCUGGAGCCCGAGGUGACCCAGGGGCUAAAGGAGAAAAGGGAGCUGUAGGUCCUCCUGGUCUGGUGGGACCUGUGGGGCCCAAGGGUGAGCUUGGGAGCAAAGGGGUCCGAGGAUCUAUUGGGAAGAAGGGUUCUCGGGGCCUCAAAGGCUCCAAGGGGGAGAUGACCAGAGUCCCACGGUCAGCUUUCAGUGCUGCUUUAUCAAAGCCUUUCCCUCCUCCCAAUGUCCCUAUCAAAUUUGACAAGGUUUUCUAUAACGACCAAGGGAAUUACAGCCCCGUCACCGGGAAAUUUAACUGUAGCAUUCCUGGGGCAUAUGUGUUUUCCUACCACGUCACGGUGAGUGGCCGGCCAGCUCGGAUCAGCCUGGUAGCCUGGAAUAAGAAGCAGUUCAAGUCCAGAGAAACGCUCUAUGGUCAUGAAAUAGACCAGGCCUCUCUCCUCAUCAUCCUGAGGUUAAAUGCAGGGGACCAAGUCUGGCUGGAAGUGUCCAAAGAUUGGAAUGGAGUGUAUGUCAGCGCUGAGGAUGACAGCAUUUUCACUGGGUUUCUUUUGUACCCAGAGGAAAUGCCUGGAAUUUCACCAUAAACUUGUGUCUGAACACUGCAGUUUGGAGUGAGUGAAAUAAGUCAGGUAACAGAGAAUAGUGCUAUUGAAAAAAAUAACUUUCCUUAUUUUUUCAUGACUAUAAAAAUAAUACAGAAAAAAUGAUGUCACUUAGUGUCAACUGCUAUUGCUAUUUUAAGGCAUCAUGUUUUUUAAAAAAUAAUUAUCUAUCUGUAUUUGAGAGCAUAUAUCUGUUAACUUAGUAGAUAGUUUUUUCA